AUUUGGAGAGGAACUAUCAACCUAUUCUUGAUAUUAUUGAUGAAAAGGUGAAAGAUAGGUUAGAUAGUGCAUUGCAUUUAACUGCAUAUUUUUUGAAUCCUUACUAUUUUUAUAAGGAUGCAAAUAAUCAGUUGGAUCAGUUGGUUAUGGAUGGGUUCUUGAACUGUGUUGAGACUUUUUAUCAUGGAGAUUUUGAGAAACAAGACAAAGUUGUCAAUAAUGAGAUUAAUAUUUAUAAGAACAAAGGAGGACACUUUGGGAGAGCAUUAGCAAUGAAAGGGUGUGAGCAAAAUGAUGACAAAUUUGAUCCAGCAAAUUGGUGGACAACUUAUGGACAUCAUGUGCCGAAUUUGCAAAAAUUAGCUAUACGGAUUCUAUGUUUGACAAGUAGUUCAUCCGGUUGUGAGCGAAACUGGAGCACUUUUGAAGGG